UGUACUCGUACGAAGUUUGACAGCCGACAGUUUACACGUCACGAAGCAGCCAGCCACGAGAAAGCAGCCGCCGUAGUCGCUUGCGUUUAGUUAGUUUUAUUGAAAUAGCUGCAAAUUAAGUAACAACAAUUCAUCAUGUUUAGAAAAGCGUUAGCCUUGUGCGCCCUGUUCGCUGUGCUCAGCGUUUGUGUCUCCGAGGACGAGACACGCGCCCGUCUGCUGGUCUCCAAGCAAAUACUUAACAAGUAUUUGGUUGAAAAGAGCGAUCUUCUGGUGCGCUACACAAUCUUCAAUGUUGGCAAUGGAGCUGCUACCAAUGUGCAACUGGUUGACAACGGUUUCCAUCCCGAGGCAUUUGAGGUGGUUGGUGGUCAGCCCACAGCUACCGUGGAACGCAUUGCUCCUCAGACCAACUUCACUCAUGUGCUGGUUGUGCGUCCCAAGGCCUUUGGUUACUUCAACUUCACGGCCGCCGAGGUGUCCUACAAGCCAGUCGAGGAAGCCGAGACGCUUCAACUGGCCAUCAGCUCAGAGCCUGGAGAGGGCGGCAUUGUCAACCUGAAUGAGUACAACAAGCGUUUCUCAUCGCACUUCUUUGACUGGGUGGCUUUCGCCAUCAUGACACUGCCAUCUCUGGCCAUUCCCCUUAUCCUGUGGCACUCGUCGAAGAGCAAAUAUGAGCGUCAUGGCAAGAAUAAGAAGCAUUAAGUCACUCCAGACUCGUGUCUCUUGCAUUGGAACAACAUUUUAAAAGAGAUUUAUUUCCACCCACUACAAUUCCGUACAACAUAGUCGCUUUAAUAUCAAUCCAUGCGUUCCAUGCGUUCAUCCAACAACCACACAUUUUACAUAGUUUAGAGUACAGCUCCUAUUGGAAUUGUAAAGGGUCCGACGAGCCAAGUAUAGCGUUAAAUCGUUUUAGAUUUGAUUCGAAGACGCAUUGAAUAAUGAGAAUUGAAGAAAUCCAUUGAAAGUUAAGCUAUUUUUGUGUCAUUAGACUGGUUUUCUAAAUAAAUUAAAAUCAAAUUUA